CAUCAACCCUCUGGGAUAUAGUUCUCCAUUCUGACCGACUUCCCACCCCUGGUCACUGCUGCCCAGGGAAGCCGAGAGUCACCGUCUCCAGACUUCACACAGUCCUGAGAGCCCCAGAAGUGUGUGUUUGUCCAAACAAGACAAUGACGUAUGAAAACUUCCAGAACUUGGGGAAUGAGGAGAAAACCCAGGAGACUGGAACAGCGGCUCCCCCCAAGUCCUUCUUGCGGAAUAUCUUCUCUUGGACCGGCCUCCUCCUCUUCUCCCUGGGCCUUGGCUUCCUGCUGCUGGUGGUCAUCUCUGUGAUUGGAUCCCAAAAUUCCCAGUUAAGGAGGGACCUAGGCACCCUGAGAGCCAGUCUAGACAACAUCACCUCCGACAUGAAGGCUGAACUCCAGGCCCUGACCUCCAGGGGUGACAGCCUGCAAGAGAGGAUCAGCUCUCUGAAAGUGGAGGUGGAUGACCACAGGCAGGAACUGCUGGCAGGCCGAGGCUUGAGACAGAAUGUUUCUUCUCUGGAGAGCAUGGUGGAGAAGAAGGAACAGGCAUUCAAAACAGGUCUGUCUGAGAUAAUGGAGAGCAUCCAACAGCUGGGCAAGGACCUGAAGACCCUGUCCUGUGAGCUGGCCAGCCUCAAGAACAACGGCUCCAAAACAGCCUGCUGCCCCCUUCACUGGAUAGAGCAUGAGGGCAGCUGCUACUGGUUCUCUCAAUCUGGGAAGUCAUGGUCUGAGGCUGACAAGUACUGUGGACUGCAGAGUUCUCACCUGGUGGUGGUCAACUCCCUGGAGGAGCAGAAAUUUAUCCAUGACCACAAGGGCCCUGUGCACACCUGGAUGGGCCUAACGGACCAAAAUGGACCCUGGAGAUGGGUGGAUGGGACUGACUAUGACAAAGGAUUCAAGAACUGGAAGCCACUGCAGCCAGAUAACUGGCAUGGACAUGGGCUAGGAGGAGGUGAGGAUUGUGCCCACUUCUCUGACGACGAUGGCCGUUGGAAUGAUGAUGUCUGCCAGAGGCUGUACCGCUGGAUUUGUGAAACAGAGCUGGGCAAAGGCAGCUAAGAGUCCCCUCCCCCAACCUAUAUCUUUAGUGCCAUAAGCCUCUGAUGUCUGGUAGUGGUAAUCCCCUUGUCUUGGUCUCUCCAACAUCGUGGGGGCAUUUUUUUUUCUAG